CAUUCGAUUUUUCGUUGAUUUUGUUUUUGUUGUUUGAAUCUGAUCAAAUAAUACCCGGGUUGUUCAUUGUGAAAUGUAGUAAAAAUCAAAUGUUUUUUUCAAAUAAUUUAUCGUUUUUUUCCAUAUUUAUGUUUGCCUUAUUAGCAUCUUCUUCUGUUGAAUCAUAUAGAGGUCAACCGUAUUCACCGGUUGAUCAUAGUGAUGAUGAAUACAGUGGUGGUAGUGAUAAAGAAGAACCGGGAAUCGAAGCUGCAUACACAUCAAAACAUGCAAUCGAAACAUAUUCAGUACCAAACAGUAUUGAACAUAAAACACCGGUUGUUGAUAUAAAUUCUGUACCAUUAUCAUUGAAAAUACGUUUUAAUUCACAUUCAUCCAAUAUUGUUGCCGUACAAAAUCAUUUUGGUAGUCAUGGACAGGUGAAAAAAUCCAAUUCCAUUGAUCAACCAGAUAUAUUGAUACAUAGUGUUAAAAAACCAGUAAUCCAAGAGAUUAAAGAAAUUAUUACACCAUAUCGUAAAAGAAUUCAAGAAGUGAAACCAGUACAUGAAAAAAUUGAAACAAUUAUUGCAACUAGACAUCGUCAUGGUUAUAAUCAUGGAUAUGAUGGUGGUGGUGGUCAUGGUGGUAGUAAUGGUCAUUAUGAUGAUUAA